AUGAGUCUUGAUCAGCUCCACCCAGGCGAACGAUGCACUCGAAAGGACACCCGCCCGACGAGGCUGGUGCCCCGACAGCAGCAACGGCUUCGCAUAGUCACUUGGAACUGCGGAGGCCUUUCUGGGCCGCGCUACCACGAGGUGAUCACCUGGUUGCGUGACGAACAUCAGGCUGGCCGCACGGUGGACAUCUGCUGCCUUCAAGAAACCCAUUGGAAGGAGGAGAUGGAAUAUACCACCGCUGACGAGGCAGGUGAACUUGCUUGGCACGUCGUAAACUAUCCUGGCAAGGACUCUUCAGGUCUAAUGUGCUUAGUCCGUGCCGGACUGGUCCCACCCACACAUAUCCGCACCGUAUGCCUUGUACCAGGAAGAGUUGUGCAUCUACGCCUUUGCUUCCAGGUGCCAUUAGAUGUGCUCUGCAUGUAUCAAUACUCAUGGAAUACUCAGAAGUUGGAACUCACGGGCACACAUAAAGUGGAGGCACUACUCAAACAGAGGCGACAGAUCUGGAGGACGCUGGACCAAUGGCUUCAGGGAAUACCACAGAGACAUGGCUGUGUUGUUCUGGGUGACCUGAACACUCCUCUCAUCCCAGACAACACCGUUGCAGGAAGUGGUGUGGUUUCUGACCGUGCUGGCCAGCAACAGGACCAGCAGGAGCUCCAGGAGCUGUUGCGAAAUCACAGGUGCUGUGCCCUUAACACGUGGGCCCGACGAGGAUCCACGGCUCCAACUUUUAUUCCGCCUAGCACGAAGGGCAAGGAGCCAGGAUCUCAGAUUGACUUUGUGAUCACACGUGGCAACUUGCUCGACCCCGAAGCCAAACGGGCAAGGCCGGUGGCAACGCCUUUUGUACCUACCAGUGGAGGCCGACACAGGCCUGUCAUAGCCACAAUUCCUCUCCCCACCCGACCGACAACCAAAGCCGGCGACAAUCAUGGACUUCGUCCACGGCAGAUUCGAAAGGCCCUAGCGGACACCACAAUGGCGACCCAGGUGGGCGAGGCAGUACGGAAUCGUUUGGAGUGCAUGCAACCCACUGAUGCCAUAGAUGACCAACUACUAGAGGGGUGGCGAGCGGUUCGAGGUCAAUUUCCUACCAACGAUACCACCCGGCCUGUGCCUUGCCCCCAGCAUGCUACUCUCACGGUUUGUGUGCGGCAUCUGUGGCAACUACGUGAUGAUGUCCGUAAGGCCACUCAGACCCUUGGAACGUGGACGAGCCCGAGGCGGAUGGCCACACGAGCCUUGCAGGCAUGGGUACUCCUCUUCAGACUGAACAGUCACAAUCGCGAACUCCGCAAGGAGUGCCGGCGACGAAAGACGAACCGGAUUGAAGAGGUGGUGCUGAGUGACAAUAUACAUCAGGCAGCCAAACGGUUUGCUCCCAAGGCCCCAAGGAAGCGGCUGCAACUACGAGAUGCGAAUGGCGGCAUCCAGACCCACGAGGCGGAGUUCGAACAGAUCAAGACCUACUUUGCUAAGUUGUAUGCGGGUCCGGUGCCUGAUCAGGUUGUCCUCUCCAAGGGCCCCCUCAUCUCGGUGGACGAGGUCUUGGCAGCGAUGCACCGGCUACAGGCUGGAAAGGCUAUGCCACAUAAAAGUGCACCUGCGGCUCUGUGGAAACACUUCUCCCAGGAGGUGGCUCCCAUCCUGUCUGCCCAGUUCAAUUUAUACUUGGCCCCGGGUACCACAAGCUUGCCGCGCUCCUGGUGCAUCUCCGAUCUCAUCCUCAUCCCUAAACCAGGGAAAGCUAUGAAAACACCUGGCGAUCUCAGGCCACUUUCACUCCUCUCACUGCCAGCGAAGGCUUUAGCCUCGGUUGUAGCGAGCCGGUUACAAGAAUAUGUGAUCCGGUACCUCCGGGAGGUGCCCCAAUUCGCCUAUGUACCAGGCCGGACUCUGGCACAAGCUCUUGAACGGGUAUUUGCUCACUGUGCUGCGGUGAGGGUGGCUCUCCAACAAGGACACAACACGGUCCAUGCCAAACGUCAGGGUCACAAAAUGGCUUCCAUAUGUGGUGGCUGUAUGUUGUCGCUUGACGUCUCUAAGGCGUAUGACUGUGUAUCACGACAACACUUGGAGGCUGCCUUGCGGGAUGCUGAAGUGCCAGAGUACCUCAUUGAACUUACCCUCCUCAUCCAUCACACUGCUUGUCUUCGCAUCAGUCACUGCGAGCUUGAGACAGUCCUCCCUACCUUCCGUGGCCUCAGACAAGGUUGUUCAUUGAGCCCCACCUUAUGGGCACUCCUGACCGGAUGGAUGUUGCGACAGAUGGAGGACCCAGGGGUUGCUAGCAUCAUGUCGGCGAACACGACGUAUGCUGACGACCAACACUAUGCCUGGCAGGUUGGGUCUGGCCUCGAGUUGGAGGCUGCUUAUGCCGCAAUGAAACACAUCCUCCACAGCCUCCGGAGGUUCGGGCUACAAAUCAGUGCAGAUAAAACCGUGAUCCUUAUGGAACUCCGAGGGCUACAUGCACAUAAGGCUCUUCAGCGCUAUGUGGUUGACAUGCCGCAGGGGAAGUGCGUGAAGUUCCUCCUCGAUGGGGAGGCCACAUACAUCAGGAUUGUCACAAGCCAUGUCUACCUCGGAGCAGUGAUAGGAUACCACAAGUUCGAAACCGAUACCCUCCAACACAGGAUGAAGCUGGCGAAGGGAGUCUACUCCAGACUGGGCAACAUCCUCAGACACCGGUCUCUUCCUCUCAGACUGCGCUUGCUGCUUUGGCAAGGCUGUGUAUGGCCCACACUGCUCCAUGCCCUGGAUAGCAGUGGCCUCCCGGGAAAGGACCUCAAUACCAUGCUUGUCCUGCUCCUCAAACAGGCUCGUUCCAUUGCCCGCUCCCAUAGUAUGCUCACGAAGGAGACCAACAGAUCUAUCAUUGAUCGCCUUCGACUUCCGGACCCUGUACGGCGCCUACAACAAGCCCUCACACGGCGUGAACAGUCCGACAGUGCACUUGGAAACUCGGUGAGACCAGGCCCAUCACAGCUCCAGUGGCGAACGAUGGUGAGGGGCCACCUUUUUGAUUCAGCAUGUGUGUGGCAUGCCCGCCCAGUGGAAGGUGACUCAGUGACCAAACUCUGCCCUGUGACCCUGGUUGUGCAUGAGCAAUUUGAGUGUGAAGUUUGCGGGCAAUGCUUCAGCACACAAGCUGCACAGAGACGACACAUGUACCUCACACAUCUCACACAAGAACAACAACAACAACAACGAGAUGACGAAGUCAAGAGCUCUCUGACAACAUCAGCUAUGGAUCACUCGGUGGACGGAAUGCCCACCUGCAAACACUGCAAGCACAAAUUCUGUACUUGGCAUGCCUUCAAUUACCACAUUAGCUCGCAGAGCUGCGAAGGCCUACGCAACCUACACAAUCAACAACAAACAGACCGCAGUGUUCCACAGAGUGAUGCUCUUAUUGCCUCUGAUGAAAUCCUUCAGCUUGCUGGUGAUUGUACAUGGCAGCAGCUUGCACUUCAUCCGGCUGUGCAGGCCAAGCAUCAUCACUGCCCUGAAUGCAACCACUGGUCUAGUACCCCCCAGUACGUGAAGCGCCACAUGUUGAGCCAGCAUCCGGAGUGCAGGGAAGUGAUUGAGACCUGCAUGGAAGCGAUCAAGGGGCGGGCACCGCUGACCUCUCUACAGUUGUUCAACAUGGAGGACGAGUCGAUGCAGAAUCCGGACGAGCUUGCCACGGCGACUGCCGAGCUGGACCUCCUACGGACCUUGGCCCCGCAGGUGUUGAACGGCAGCUCCUCACCGCCGACGACCGUGGGAUCCACCACCAGCAACGAGCAACUGGAGGAGAGACCCCAAAAGUGGCAAAAGCCCGGGCAAAAAGGUCAACAGGGCGGACAGCCAAAGGGCAAGGGCAAAGGGCCGAAGUCCGCACACUCAGCCAACUCUUCCAAGCACAACGGCUGGGGUCGAGGAGCAUGGAGCAACCAGGUGGCGGACCACCAGACGAACCAGUGGCCGGAGGACAACAAGCCGAUCACCAGAGCCGAGUUCGCGCAGAUGAAGACGAUGCUGAACAUGGUCACGACCCUUGUCAUUCGACACGAAAUUCAGCAGAACAUAUGCCGGCUGGACUCAGGCUUCAUGCUGUUCAUCCAGACCACCACACCGGACAGUCUGGCUCACUCCACUUAUCAAGUGGGAACGGCCUGGCAUCAGAUGAAGCAGAACACGCCGGAGAAGCUCAGCCAACCCAUGCGUGUCGUACUGUUUCAACACUUGCUGGUGACGGUGAAGCAGAAGUUCGAGGCGAUGAUGGCUACUCCGUCCUCCCGGUCGAUGGCAGAAGGUCUAGGAUGGAUCUCAGCCACGGGAGAUGCGGUCUACGGCCUACGAUGGAAUGCGGAGACGAUGAAGCACGAGAAAGACCCCAACCUCCCGAGCUUACGCCCGGCAGAGAUCAAGGAGGCCCUGGACGAGCUCCUCAAGCUGAGUGUGAAGCCGAUGGUGAUCCACCGCUACCAUGCGACGAGGCAGAUGUCCGAGACCUACAGCUCGCCUACAUUGGCCAUGAUGAUCGAAGUGGGAGCUCGGCUCGAAGAAGCCCAGCUAGUUUGGAAACGACUCCACCUCCUGAGCCAAAGCGCGGCUUGGACGGCAGCAGGCUGCUUCUUGAGACACGAACGCCUCAAGUUGGGAGCCCUGGGCAACUUCUGUUACAUGAAUGUGAUCCUGAAGUGCCUGUGUCACGUGGCUUUUCACUUGGGAGAUUGGAAGAGGUUCUUCAGGGCUGAAGCGCUUGAGUUUCUUCAGUGGUUCGAGAGGAGUUUGCAGGUUGGAACUGUUCACCUCUGGCAAUCUCCCACAUGGGUACACAUGCUGCAAAACUGGGGUGAACCGCUCCGACAACACGAUGCGGCAGAGUUCUUGCAGUUUGUACGUGACCAAAGGUGGUUUGUGCCCGAGGAUGUUACUCUCACUUGGCAAGCUAGAUACUUGGAUGAAAACGGGCAGGCACAAACUGCUGAUGGUGGGGAUUCACUUCCGUUGCUUGUGCAACCUCCGACGGGGUGGCCGGAGAAUGAUGAUGGGCUGACGAUUUCGGUCCAGCGACUUGUGGAACAGUGGCAGAAUCAGGAUUGCAAGCAUGCCAUGCUGACUCCUGCCAAGGCUUUCAUUUUGCAGGUAGGGCGCUUUCACCGUGAUUCCGAGUCUGGGAUCACUACCAAACGCAGGCAUCGUGUUGUUCCUAGUCGGUUCCUUGAUGUUCCGGUGUUUCGUGAGGGACUCGGAGUCAGGCCUGUGCUCUAUCAGCUCGUAGCCGUGGUCUUGCACAUAGGGAGCGUUCCCUUCCAGGGCCACUACCAGGCUUUGCUCUAUGACAUCCAUGACAGUGAAGCUGUGUACUUUGCUGAUGAUGGAACUCGAGCGUGCAGGAUUUCGCCUGCUCGUGUCCAGGACAUGUGCCGUGACACUUAUUUGUUUUGCUAUUGCAAGUGCCUGUAG